UGACCAUGGUGGUCGCUAGGGGGCAUCAUUGUAACAGUCAUCAACGAAAAUGGCGUUAGAUGAUCCCACUGCUAGUCUCCAAAACUAUCAAGUUCAGCUUCAGCAGGUUGAAGCUGCGCUCACAAAUGAUCCAGAUGACAAGGAUUUGUUGAAGCUAAAGGAGGAUCUGCUUGAAGUUAUAAGCCUGACAUUGAACCUGAUCAGCACAAGUGCAGAGGAAGCAUCAGAAAAACAAGGACCCGGCGAAAGUUCAAAGCGUUCCGGAGGAGAAGCUUCCGCGUCCAAGGAUGAAAGUGUCGGCUGGUUUCCCGGGGACAAGUGCCUGGCUAUGUGGAAAGAUGGACAGUACUAUGAUGCUACAAUUGACGACAUCAUUGGUGAAGGACAAGCCACAGUCACUUUCACAGCAUAUGGGAACACGAUAAUUCAAAAGCUGUCUCAGCUGAAAGCCCACAAAAACAAGCGGUCUAUGAACAAUGUCAUCGAAGGAGGACCGAAAACCAAGAAGCAGCUGUUGCUUGCCGAGAGGGAAUACAAAAAGAAGAAGGCCCAGAAGAAGGCCGUGCGCCUGAAACAGAUUGAGGAAGAUCGAGAAAAAGAGAAGAACAAGUGGCAGGAGUUCAACUCAAAGGCCUUCAGCAAGAACAAGAAGGGCCAGGUGAAAAAGAGCAUCUUUGCUUCACCGGACAAUGUCAACGGCCGUGUCGGCGUGGGGACUUGCGGCAUCGGAGGCCGUCCCAUGACCGAGUUUCACCACCAGGAGAAGUGGCGCAAAGCAGGAGGAGCAUCGGGCAGCCAGGGUGGCACACCGAUGCCGACACCUGUGGGCGCUGCCGGACUGAUGUCCCUGCCCACUUUCACGAUGCCUCCAGGAAUGCCCUCAACCGGAGCGCCCCCUUCCAUCUUCUGAGCCAUCGGACCACACCUCGGUUCUUCUCGUUCCACUUACAGCUGUGUGGGACUCAUACGUGUUCUCAUUUGCCUUGCUUUUCGCUUCGGAAGCAAGGCGAGGAAAGAAGUGGCUGUGAAGCUCUCUUCAUGGUGCAGUCGUGUGCAGUCAUACCUCUGGUCGCAACUUCUGACUAGCCCACAAGUUACCUUAUGUUGUGCACCACAUGCGUGUGUAAAUAUUGAAGUGUCCUCGAACCAACCAGUAAAAGAAACUUGUAACAUC